CGGCGCGGGGCGGGCGCUGUGGCGCUGUCCCCGCUGUCCCCGCGGGGCCCGGCCGGACAUGGCCCCGCGCGGCCGCCCCGCCGCCGCCGCCAUGCCCCGCAGGGGCGCCCGCAAACGCCUCAAGUUUCGCGCCGACGACGUGUGCUCCGAGCGGGUGACGGUGGCAGAUUAUGCCAACUCAGACCCAGCUGUCGUGAAGUCUGGGCGGGUGAAGAAGGCUGUGGCCAACGCAGUGCAGCAGGAAGUAAAAUCCCUGUGUGGUUUGGAAGCUUCCUGUGUCCCUACUGAGGAAGUUCUCUCCGUGUCAGGAGAAUCCUGUGACAGCAGUGAUGAGAUGGAUACCAAGGAGAGCAUCAACGGGAGGGCUGCCUCGAGGAAAAAGAAGAGCAAAAGGCACAAAGAAGAUGCCGAAGGGGGAGGAGGAGAGGAAUAUCCCAUCGACAUCUGGCUGCUCCUGGCUUCCUACAUCCGCCCUGAGGACAUCGUCCGGUUCUCUCUGAUCUGCAAGAAAGCCUGGACUGUCACUUGCACUGCUGCCUUUUGGACCAGGCUCUACAGAAGGCACUACAGCCUGGACGCGUACCUGCCCCUGCGCCUGCGCCCCGAGUCCAUGGAGAAGCUGCACUGCCUGCGCGCCUGCGUCAUCCGCUCCCUGUUCCACAUGUACGAGCCCUUCGCCGCCCGCCUCUCCAGGAACCCAGCCAUCCCAGACAGUACUCCCAGCACUUUAAAGAAUUCCAGAUGUCUGCUUUUCUGGUGCAAAAAGAUUGUAGGGAACAGACAAGAAGCAAUGUGGGAAUUCAACUUCAAGUUCAAAAAGCAGUCUCCCAGAUUUAAGAGCAAGUGUUGCAAAGGUCUCCAGCCCCCAAUCCAGUAUGAGGAAGUGCACACAAACCCUGAUCAGGAUUGCUGCCUGCUGCAGAUCACCACCUUCAACUUCAUCUUCGUGCCAAUCGUCAUGGGCAUGACCUUCACCUUGUUCUCCAUCUCGGUGAGCACGGACAUGCGGCACCACCGCGUGCGCCUGGUGUUCCAGGACACGCCCGUGCGCAACGGGAAGAAGCCACGCGUGGAGCAGGGGGUGCAGGUGGUGCUGGACCCUGUGCACAGUGUCAGGCUCCUGGACUGGUGGCACCCACAGUACCCCUUCUCCCCAAAGGCUUAGUGCUCUCCUGAGGCUGCAGGAGCCCACAGGGGACUGAAUCUGGCAGGCUGAAGAGAAUUUCUAGGAACCAGGAAAUCCUAUUUUUAUUUCUGAAAUAAAUUCUGCAGUCUCCUUGCAAGUGGUUGAAGCUGCUGAGCUAGUUUGUAUGUAUAUAACUUCUGGUCAGUAAUGAGCAGAGCUGAGUGUAAAGCAGAAACUAUUUGUAAACACACUUUUAUGUAAAAUUGACAUUUUAUGAUUUGAAAGGAGCUCCCUGGAACUGUUCAUUUAAAAUCCUUUUGGUGCUAA